AUGUUGUUACCAGUUUCAAGCCGUGGUGUUAAUCAAAUGAAACUUGAUAAUCUUCGUCUUUCCGAUCUUCCUCUAGUUCAUACAUUCAUACCAUCUUUUCUCAAUACUAUAGAACUUCAUUAUGCUUAUCAAUUAUAUAUUGGUUAUGAUUGUGAUGAUCCAUGGUAUGAUAAUGAACAAAAUUGGAGUGAUCUAAUUAAUUUUAUCCAUAGUUACAUAAGAAAUACUAGUUCAUCCGAUUUUCGCGUAGACAUAAAAGUAAAUGUACUCUAUGGAAUCGAUCAGAGAAUUACUGCUAUUUGGAAUACAUUAGCAGCUAUUGCCUAUAAGGAUGAUUGUGAUUACUAUUAUCCAGCAAAUGAUGAUCUACAAUUACGAACGAAAGGAUGGACAAGUGCAGCAAUUGAAUUACUACAAAGCUGUGCUGUUGCUAGCAAUUUUGGUAUUGUCGCUUUUCGUGAUAUUAGUGCAUGUGAAUAUCCGACGUUUCAUCUUACACAUAGAAAACAUUUAGACUUACAUGAUGGAAUAUAUUAUCCGUUACCAUCGCAUGGUGCUCAUCAAGAUACGUGGAUCUUUAGUAUGUAUCGUGCUUGGAAUUGUUCCUUUUUUUUGCCACAAUAUCAGUUGAGAAAUCAUGUUGGUCUUUCUGUCAAGGCACGUUAUGAUUAUGGUGACGAUAGUAAGAUUACUUUUUGGGUUCGACGCUCUCGAAAAUAUUUAUACAAUCGUCUAAUGAAUUUUUCAACAAUGGAUUAUAAUCAAUCUUUAAUUAAUCUUUCCCAUAUUAACUCUCAUGUUGAAUUAAAAGUACCUUGUUCAAUUGAAGAUAAAGAGAAAAUAGAUGCUUCUUUAUUAGCUGAUGCAAACAAAAUAAAUUAA